AUGUCCAAGAGAAAGCAAGGCGUGGACGAGGAGGACCUCGUUUCCCUCCCCGAGGAAGACGACGGUGAGGAGGAGGAAGAGUACAUCUCCACCGCCGAUGAGGAAGAAGUCUCAGAAGAGGACGAGGAAGAGGACGAGGAGAACGAGGAGGACGAUGAAGAAGACGACGAAGAGGAUGACGGCGGCAAAAAGUCCUCCAAUGGCGUGAAGGGCGAUCAACCUCCCACGAAGAAGCAGAAGACCGUUGCCUCGUCCAAGGAAGAGACCAAUGGCAACGCCGCGGCCGACGAUGACGAAGAAGAAGAGGACGAAGAAGAGGAAGAAGUAGAGGAGGAAGAGGAAGAGGAUGCAGAUGGAGACGAGGACGAGCCAUUGCCUGCCAAGGGCGUCAAGAUCGAUCCCAAGGCUGCGGCAGCUGAUGACGAGAAGCCCGAGGCUGUCGCUGCCGGUGGUGAUGAGGAGGCAUGA